AAUGUAUCGUACUUCAGCAUCCAGAGCAGACAGCAGCAGGUGCGGUGCAAGGCUCAGCGGGACAGCGACUAGCCGCUCAUUCAGCUGCGUGCGGCAACACUCGACGGAGGUCCCUAAAGAAACACCCCAGUCCAGACGAUGUGGAGGGCGAAUUGGAUCGUGGCGGCGGUGUUAUUGGCGAGCCUGGCUUCCGUCGCCCACACACAGGUGUUCUAUCCAGGCAGGUGUCCAAAGACGCCUAUCAUCAAGGAUUUCGAUUUCGACAAGUACCAUGGGCGGUGGUUCGAGCAAGAGCGUUACUUCGUGGCCUACGAGAUGCUGGGCCGCUGCUGGUCAGGCACCUACCUCAAAGAUACCUCCGGCAAGGUGUCUGUCCGGCUCGACUUCCGCGACCUGUUGUUCAGUAGACCCAAACAGCUGACAGUCGACAUCAUAAGGAAGAAACCCUACGAGGAACCUAACCGCCUCACCUACACCAUCCCUGGAGUGCCAAACUUCGAAGACCACUACGAGGUUCUGGCAACGGACUACACCAGCUGGACUCUUGAGUAUGCGUGUGUUGACAAGCCUCCCUUCGGUCACACCCGAAUCGCCUGGAUCCUCACUCGCCUUCCUAACCCCUCGCUCCCCGUCAUCAACACUGCCAAGCAAACCCUUGCCAAGCUCGGCAUUGACCCCAAACUCCUUAAGAAGCAAGACACCUCCUGCUUCGUUCAUGUCUAGACUAAAUGAUUCACUGCGUCAUGUUUUCAUUUACUCAUUCUUGGUUUUACUUGAUCUGAUUUUUUUUUUCUCUCUUUUUUCCUUCCUUUCUCUUUUUUCAGAGUGGGAGAAAAAUGGGAAUGAUUGAAUCUGCUUUUUAUCUUUUCUUGUCUUUUCUUUCUCUCCUUUUCCGAAUGGGAGGAAAGGAAGAAUAAGAUUUGGGUUUCAAUCACACGUUUUGGUUUUGGUACCUAUCAUGUUAUCAGUUUUCACCAUUUUAUGAUUUGGAUGUUUUGCUUUUAUUUUGCAUUUUCUCAACGAUGUUUUGUUGAAUGUUAAGAAAAUAUCAGAGCCAGCAUGCUUCCAGUAAAGAUGGCUGAUUUCUGAAAGGUUCAUCGUAAACAUUCAAUACCUAAGAUUACUUCCGAUUCCGAGGCAUUGAAGGACGCCGAGACAAUUGUUGCAGUGACAUUCCUGGAAACCUGAAUGUUACCAGGAGUGGCAUCAGGUGUUUGUUGUUGAUAUGCAGUACAAUGAUGAUGCAGUUAUUUAAUAAAGAUUGACUGUCUUUACUA